AUGGUUCGUUCAUUCAUGGAGAUGGACAGCAUUCAGCCUAACCAGGCUCUCCUGGACGCCAGCGAUCCCACAGAGCGUCAUUUUGCUGCCACACACAAGCGCUCAACGGACGGGGUGUACGUCGUCGAGUAUCCCUUCAAGGAGAAGGCACCGCCUAUUGAUUCGACCUUGCCACAGGCCAUCAAUCGCUUCUUCUCGCUGGAACGCAAAUUUCGUCGGCAUCCAGAAUUGAAGCAGCAGUACGAAGCCUUCCUGGACGACUACUUGCAACGUGGACAUAUGGAACAACUGACCUCGGCUCAGGCUGAGGAGUCCCCAGACACCUGCUUCUAUUUGCCGCACCACGCUGUCAUCAAACUGGACAGUCUGACUACCAAAUGUCGUGUAGUUUUUGAUGGAUCAGGAAAGGACAGCUCUGGAGUAUCGCUCAAUGACAGACUACAUAUUGGUCCACCGAUUCAACGCGAUCUUCUUGGCGUUUGGCGAAAAGAUAGGAAGAUAGAUGUUUUGAACCUAUCCAGCUCCUCAACAAAUCAGCUGCGGAUUCACCUGUCAAAGUUCUUGGUAUCCAACCCUGGGAAGGACGUUCUGUAUCUCAACCUAAAGGGAUGCGAUGCGACCAUUUCUCCGACGAAAAGAGAACUCUUGUCUCAGCUAUCAAGAAUUUAUGAUCCGCUUGGACUGGUAGCGCCGGUCACAGUUCUACUCAAGUUAAUCUUCCAAGAAAGCUGGACAAGUGGCCUGCAGUGGGACGACCCCAUUCCUGAAGGUCUACGUACGCGCUGGAGAGCCUUAGUAGAGGAUUUGCCAGCACUUACGCAAUGCCAAGUACCACGGUAUAUUGCGUCACCAUUUCGAGAUGUUCAACUACACGGAUUCGCCGACGCAUCCUCGCACGCCUACGGUGCGGUAGUUUACGCUCGAGUUGCAGUUGGAUGCAGCUUUCAAGUAACUCUAGUUGCCGCCAAAACACGGGUGGCCCCGAUCAAGCCCGUAUCAAUUCCACGUUUGGAGCUAAACGCUGCGUUACUUCUAUCUCGAUUGCUGUCUAUUGUCAAAGCAUCACUAACAAUUCCUCUUUUCAGCACGAGCUGCUGGACAGAUUCAGAAAUUGUGCUACACUGGCUUUCAGCUCCCCCUCGACGGUGGAACACCUACGUCUGCAACCGAACUUCUGAGAUAUUGAGCGACUUUCCCCGUAGCUGCUGGAACCAUGUUCGCACGGAAGACAAUCCUGCUGAUUGUGCUUCCCGAGGACUUCAUCCGUCAAAGCUUCUGGAGCAUCGACUGUGGUGGAAAGGUCCGUCCUGGCUGGCCACACCCACCUCUGAGUGGCCACCUUCUACAAGCAAGUUCAGCGUAUCUUCAAGUUUCGAUGUCAACACCGAAGAACGAGCCAUAAAGCCCACGACUCUACAUAACUUUCCUGAUGAAAGUAUACACGAGUUACUCAUCCACAAAUUCUCAACCUGGACGCGUCUUAUAAGGGUAUCUAGCUACUGUCAUCGCUUUAUUCACACUCUUCGAUCUCAUCAUAGGAAUUCGGCAACAUUCCUUACGUCUGAAGAGUUGCUGGACGCACAGCGCCGACUUAUUCGACAUGUGCAACAAAAAUCCUUUGCCAGAGAAUAUGCGCAGCUAGAGAAUCGACGCCAGCUUAACGCUAAAUCGCAUCUUAUUCGGUUUUCUCCGUUUCUGGAUGAUUAUGGAGUAAUGCGAGUCGGUGGGAGAAUCGAGCAAUCUACACUCAACUACAACGCCAAGCACCCGAUUCUGAUACCUAAAGAUACACCACUAGCUGGACUGCUGGUUCGACAUUUUCAUGUCUCCUAUCUGCACACUGGAGUUGAUGCAACGUUCACCAAUCUUCGUCAGCAGUACUGGAUUCUGGGAGCCCGCAAUCUCGUCAGAAAGGCAGUCUUCCAAUGCAAAUCCUGUUUUCUUCAACGAAAGGGCACAAGCAACCAGAUCAUGGGAGAGCUACCAAUUCCUCGAGUUCAAGCUAGCCGCUGCUUUCAACACACAGGGCUGGACUACGCUGGACCGAUCGCAAUCAAGGAAUCAAAAGGAAGAACUCCACGCAUCGGAAAGGCAUGGUUUUCUAUUUUCGUGUGCCUCACUACAAAGGCACUUCACAUCGAGGUUGUUAGUGAGCUAACUAUACAGGCUUUCAUCGCAGCCUUUCAACGAUUCAUUGCCCGCCGAGCGAAGCCUACUGACCUGUAUUCGGACAACGGAACUACAUUUCAUGGAGGCAAUCGAACUUUGGAUGACAUGAGACGUCUGGCCAUUCAACAAGCCAAAGAUGAGGAACUAGCAGGAUUCUUUGCCAAUGAAGGGAUUUCUUGGCACUUUAUACCCCCGUCUGCUCCCCAUUUUGGAGGGAUGUGGGAAGCUGGAGUUCGCUCAAUUAAACUCCAUAUGAAACGGAUACUUGGAUCAAAGGCUUUAACGUUUGAGGAGCUCUCUACUGUCCUGACCCAAAUUGAAGCUAUCCUGAAUUCACGCCCGCUGUGCCCAACUGGGGAUAAUUCUUUGGAUCCACUGACGCCUGCUCAUUUUUUGACUGGAUCUCCGUAUACUGCAUUGCCUGAACCCUGUCGUCUGGAUAUGCAAGUCAAUCGAUUGGAGAGGUGGAACCAGCUGAAAGCCAUGGUUCAAGGCUUUUGGAAAAGGUGGCAUAUGGAAUACCUGACAUCUCUUCAUGAGCGGCAUCUGGAAACCGAGAAUCUGAAGAUCGACACAUUGGUAGUACUCAAGGAGCCCAAUCUACCGCCCUCUAAAUGGAUUUUGGCCGCAUCACCGCAGUGCACGCAGGAAGCGACAACAAGGUCCGAGUCGUUACAGUAA